AUUCUCCUUGGUCUUUGUAGUGCCGUUAUACCCAAUCCACGAUCAAAUCAAUCAGUGGUAUAACUUGUUGCCCUCAGCUUGGGGAUAGUCCACAUCACAGUAACGUGCAUGUUGAGCAACGAUGCGACCUCGACUGCGGCCUGCUUCAACAUCAACAGCCCUCGGUAUCAUGAAUUUUCGGAACAGCUUACUAUUCACAAACCUCAAUUUGAACUUGCAUGGCACAAUUUCCUCCACUCGAAGAAGGCACAUUUUUGGAUAUGACAAGAGACUCUGUCUAUUUCAUGUACCAGCGACAUCGUGGAGCAUAAAGCAUGAAAAGAGAUUCUCAAGGAGGACUGGCAAUUUGACCUUGGUGAUAUUCUGCCUUGGCAAAAGUCUGCCCAUACCCGCAGGGGUAGGUUUUCCCCACCUUUUGACAUCGGCAUGGGAGCAAGGGGACUCCUACCCGGACACUUGAUCUGCAUUCCGUUUGGGGCGAAGCUUCACUUUAUCAUGCGCGAGAUCCAGCCACCUUUGAUGUACAUCAGAGAUGCUUAGAUGCCU